CCUUUGCAAACUCUCGCGAUACUACUGGCAGAAGAUGGCAGAUGAAUCUUCCGUACUAGUCAAAUGAUGCACUCUGUAGGAGCCGCUUAUGCAGGGACAGUUUCGGUUAUGAGAAAAAGGGACAUAGUUGUAGUUACUUAGUUAUUGCAUUCUUCUUUCCGUUUAUUCGUUGAAGAACGUAGGAUUUUCAUGUUGUGCAAUUUACCGUUUUUGGGUAUUCUUGCCAGCGAAAUACAUCUACUUGCCCAGAGGGUCAUCGUCAACGGCACCCUCUGCUCUGUUGUCAAUUGUUUAGAAAAUGACCGGAGAAAAGAUCCGCUCCCUCCGCAAGGAUCAUAAACCAAGCAAAGAAGAGGAUUUACUGGAACCGGAUGAGGAGGCUGCAACUGGCACAUUUACUUCAACCAAAACUAAUAAUAAGGGCAAAGCAAGUAAAAUCUUUAGCAAUCACAAGUUGGUCAAAUCUCCAUCGACACAGCAGCAACAUCAGAAUCAGCAAUCGCAGAUAAAUGCAAACACUAACACAUUGUCAACGGCCGACGUUAUCGAGGAUAACAACAAAAACCCUGUAAUCCGAAACGGCGAAGACUUUCCAGUCCAUGAAUGUGUAUUCAAAGGGGAUGUCCGACUCUUAUCCUCGCUCAUUCGAACUCAGAAUAUCGCUCAGAAAGAUCUCCAUGGAAACACACCCCUACACCUCGCUGUCAUGAUGGGUCACAAAGAGUGCGCCCAUCUGCUGCUGGCCCACAAUGCACCAGUAAAGGUGAAGAACGCUCAGGGAUGGAGUCCCCUGGCAGAAGCUAUCAGCUACGGAGACCGACAGAUGAUCACAGCGCUGCUAAGGAAGCUGAAACAGCAAUCCAGAGAGAGUGUGGCGGACAAGAGGCCAAAGCUACUGAACGCCCUCAAAGAGCUGGGAGACUUUUACUUGGAGCUUCACUGGGACUUUCAAAGCUGGGUGCCUUUGCUCUCCCGAAUCCUUCCCUCUGACGCUUGUAAGAUCUACAAACAGGGCAUCAACAUCCGACUGGACACCACCCUAAUAGACUUCACAGAUAUGAAGUGCCAACGUGGUGACCUCAGCUUCAUCUUCGAUGGUGACGCCAUCCCCUCGGAGUCCUUUGUGGUGCUGGACAAUGAACAGAAGGUGUACCAACGGAUACACCACGAGGAGUCAGAGAUGGAGACAGAGGAAGAGGUGGACAUCCUCAUGAGCAGCGAUGUUUACUCUGCCACCCUCUCCACCAAGUCCAUCACAUUCUCCAGAGCCCAGACCGGCUGGCUGUUCCGAGAGGAUAAAACGGAGCGUGUGGGAAAUUUCCUGGCAGAUUUCUACUCAGUGAACGGGCUGGUGCUGGAGUCACGGAAGCGUCGGGAGCACCUGACCGAGGAGGACAUCCUGAGGAACAAAGCCAUCAUGGAGAGCCUGAGCAAAGGAGGGAACCUCAUUGAGCAGAACUACGAGCCUGUGAGGCGACAGUCACUAACUGCCCCUUCACCCAACACUAUCUCCUGGGAGGAAUACAUCAACGCAGAGAACGGAAAAGCGCCUCAUCUAGGAAGAGAGCUGGUAUGCAAAGAGAGCAAGAAGAACUUCAAAGCGACCGUAGCCAUGAGUCAAGACUUCCCGCUGGGCAUUGAAUCGUUAUUAAACGUUCUGGAGGUGAUAGCACCCUUCAAGCACUUUAAUAAACUCAGAGAGUUUGUUCAAAUGAAACUCCCUCCUGGUUUCCCUGUCAAGCUGGAUAUCCCUGUCUUUCCAACCAUCACGGCCACGGUGACUUUUCAAGAGUUCCGCUACGACGAGUUUGAGCAGUCCAUCUUCACCAUUCCCAAUGAGUACAAAGAGGACCCCAGCCGCUUCCCUGACCUUUAACCCCUUCGGCUGACACCGGAAAGUGGUCACCUAUGAAAGGACAUUGAUAUUUCAUCAAAUUGUCAUAGGAGAAGAAAAGGAAAUUGUAGGUGAGGUUUUAAAUGUAAGUGAAAUAUGUUGUGUAUGUAAUGUUUAUAAAGGGAUUAUGAUUAACUGACCUGUAGUAAAGCACUGAAUUCACUGUGUGGGACGUAUGUGGAGAAGAAUAAAUACUGUUCCACUGUAAACAACAAGUAGCUACUAUCCAGAGCUUUGUUUGGAGUAGCUUCACUGAACUUUGGGCACUGUUUAGAUGCACUACAGCCAGUCCGUACUGGGCUGAGUUGGCCUGGGCAGCAGAGGGGCGGACCUACUGCACCAGUCGAUACUCAACCCUUUGGUACUGCAUCUGAAACACAUCCACCUGGAAGCAAUGAUAGAAAUGCUAGGAAUUUUAGUUGUACUAGAUCAGAGUUGUCUUAUCCUAUUUGACUGGCAGGAAGCGUGGCAUUAAGUUAUUACAAGCCUUGUUUUCAUAUUCUACCUUUGUAAACUAUGUAACAAACUGUACAAUUCAGUUGAUGGAAAUGAACCAGGUGGUGUACAUUUUUUCAGAGUACAAGUUAUCUGUAGAUGUUUAGGUACGAAGUAAAUUAACUUUUUACAGGUAAGAAAAACCAGGCCUUUCCCUGCGCAAGGUGUAAAUACCUAUUUUAAUUUUUUUUCUUUUGUGUUAAUAUGGGAGUAGAGGUCUAUGACAGGAAGAGUUUCAGAAGUUUUAUGCAAAGGUUAGUUGAUGUGAGUUCACCCAAGAGGUCAUUGGUUUGUAUCGUGGUGGCAAUGGAUAUUUUUGUACAUAGAAUAUUGUGCUGGUGAAAGUCUCCAAAUCCUUAAGUCAAGUCUUUGUUGACAUGUUCCCUACAGACCUAUGUGUGAGCCAAGUGUACAAAGCACUGAGAUCUUACAUCCUUGAGUUUUACUGUGUCCAAGGACUGGACUAUUCGGCAGUUGCAGUCUUCAGAUUAUACAGACUCAGUUAGGAUUUCAGUCGUGUUAAUUUGUUUCAAGAACAGUUUCAGUCGAGUCCUGUUUGCUUCUGAACAUUGCAGAAUGUUGCUCUUUAGUUUUGAGGAAAAGGUCAAAUCCAACAAUAAGCUCAACUAUGCCUUGCUUCAGGAAUGAAAUAGGACUUCUCUGAAGUGGUGCUCAUGUGGUUCUGCGUCUAACAGGGUUCGCUGAGCUGGAGGGUGAUCAAUACAGCAGCAAUAGACAUGGCAGAAUGCUUUGUACUCUGACUCAUUUUUCUACCUACAUUGAUCGGUGGCCUAUUGACGUAGCCAGUGUUUAUUAUAAACCUUUCCAUCAAGCUUCCAUGUACUACUGGUUAGUGCUGCAAAUGGAAGUGUGCUUUUGUCACUUUUUGUUGUGUGCUGAAUGUUUUUACUUCUCCUGACCAUGGCUUUAGCUGCCAGGCCCUAAUGUAUACACUUAUGCAUUUUUCAUGUCCGUUGUACAGCAAUAGACCUUGUAAAAGCCUGCCACACUAUUUUCAUAUUAAAAAAUAAAAGCCCCAAAAUAAAAAAGUCCACAUAUCUAAAUGAA